GACGAGAAAGAGGACGAGGACGUGAACGAGGACGAGUCCGAGGAAGAAGAAAAGGACGAGGACAAUGACGAGGAGGAAGACGAGGACCAGGACGAGGACAAGGACCAGGACGCGGACCACAACGAGGACAACGACGAGGACGAGGACGAGGACGAGGACGAGGACAAGGACGAGCACGAGAAAGAAGAAAAGGACGAGGACGAGGAAAAGGACCAGGACAAGGACGAGGAAAAGGACCAGGACGAGGACGAGGACCAGGACCAGGACGAGGAAGAGGACGAGGAAAAGGACCAGGACGAGGACGAGGACCAGGACGAGGACUAG